GCGGAGGUCGCGUUGUGUGUGUCACUCAGUUUAUAUGAAAAAAAUGUUAGAGUUUUACACGAAUAUUAAUUCGGGAUUGAUGCAGGAGGGCAUGCAGCCGCCGCUCUCCUGUGCAGGGAGAACAGAGCUUAGUGCCAGCAUCAAACGGGAGAAAAUAGUAGAAAUAUGUGAAGGCUGCGGUCAGAAGAUCCAAGAUCGAUAUCUGAUGCGGGUCGGCGAGCUCUCCUGGCACGAGCACUGCCUCAGCUGCUGCGUGUGCGGCUGUCCACUCGCACACACUUGCUACACGCGGAAUGCGAAGCUUUACUGCAAACCAGACUAUGAUAGAUUAUUCGGAGUCAAAUGCACCAGAUGCGGCGACCGACUGCUUCCUCAGGAAAUGGUAAUGAGAGCGCAGCAAUACGUAUUCCACAUCCAAUGCUUUGUGUGCGUUAUGUGCUGUCAGCCAUUACAAAAGGGAGAGCAAUAUGUCAUCAGGGCUGGCCAGAUUUUCUGCAGGCAAGACUUCGAAAAAGAAAUGUAUCUGAUGCAGCAUGCCGAAGACGAUAUGAUUAUAGAUGAUUCUGAGAGACCUCGUGAUGGCCGACGAGGCCCUAAACGUCCGCGGACAAUAUUGACCUCAGCUCAGCGAAGACAGUUCAAAGCUUCCUUCGAAGUCAGCCCAAAACCUUGUCGUAAGGUUCGUGAAGCAUUAGCUAAAGACACUGGAUUGAGCGUGCGAGUUGUGCAGGUCUGGUUCCAAAAUCAGAGGGCUAAAAUGAAAAAGAUACAACGAAAAGCCAAACAAGAGGGCGACAAAAACGCAGAAAAAGAAAAGGACAAAGACGAAAAGAGUAUCAAACAAGAAUCACCAUCGAGCGAACAUGGAAAUUAUUUAGGCCUAGAUGCGUCUUACUCGGCGUCUAGCCAGCCUCUAAAUCCCAACCUGCCUUACUCGCCUGAUGAUUAUCCUGCUCACUCCGGAGACAGCUUUUGCAGUUCAGACAUAUCACUAGAUGGAAGCAACUUCGACCAACUCGACGAGGGCGCAUCAGAUACAAUGAGUUUACAGAACCUAGAAGUUACGCAUCACGCUCACAACCAUUCUAAUCACGGAAACCACGAACCUCUUAGCCUUGGCUCUGGAGCUGUUGUCAAUCCAAUUGAUAAGCUUUACCUAAUGCAGAAUUCUUACUUUAGUACUGAACAUUGAUUAAGCCAGAACCGCGCAAAUCGUAGUAAGGGCGUUUUGCGUAUGGGGUCUUAUAGAGGAGACCUUACCGUUAAGUCCACGGCAACGGCAACUAGUCACACAAUCACUGAAAGUAAUUCGACAAACUCAUAUUUUGAUUUCAAUGCGUUUUCUAUGCCUUAAUAUGUUUCCCGAAACCGGUUUAUUUCAUUCCUGUUCAAUUUCCGAAUACACAAGUGUACCUCGUUAAUCAAACAAACAAAGUGUUUGC